UAUUCGACUUCCUAUCUUUCCUCCUUAAUUACAGCUGAAAUGGCUCUCUCAUCAUCUUCCAAAUUUAUCUUUUUCUCCUUCUCCGUGAUCUCAUCCCUCCUCGCCUGUUCAUCUCUCGCCCGUGAAUUCUCCAUCGUGGGUUAUUCUCCGGAUGAUCUGACCACCAUAGAUAAGCUCAUCGAUCUCUUCGAGUCAUGGAUGGCCAAACACGGCAAAGUUUACAGAAGCAUAGAAGAGAAGCUACACAGAUUUGAGGUUUUCAGGGACAAUCUGAAGCACAUAGACGAGAGGAACAAGAAGAUCAGUAACUACUGGCUUGGACUGAACGAGUUCGCGGAUUUGAGCCAUGAAGAGUUCAAGAACAUGUAUAUUGGCCUCAAAGUUGAGUCGCCUAGAAGGAGUGGAUCGAACGAGGAUUUCACAUACAGAGAUGUCGUGGAUUUACCCAAGUCCGUGGACUGGAGGAAGAAAGGCGCCGUCACCAAUGUCAAGAACCAAGGUUCAUGUGGGAGUUGCUGGGCAUUUUCAACCGUGGCUGCAGUGGAAGGCAUAAACCAAAUUGUGACAGGAAACUUAACAUCGCUUUCAGAGCAAGAGCUGAUCGACUGUGAUACAACUUACAACAAUGGCUGCAAUGGAGGGCUCAUGGAUUACGCUUUUCAAUACAUCAUAGCAAAUGGCGGGCUUCACAAGGAGGAGGAUUACCCGUAUGCCAUGGAGGAAGGCACUUGCGACGAGAGGAAGGGAAUUUCGGAUGUGGUGACCAUCAGUGGAUACCAUGAUGUACCAGAGAACAAUGAGCAGAGCCUGUUGAAGGCCAUUGCCAACCAGCCUCUAAGUGUGGCCAUCGAGGCUUCUGGUAGAGAUUUCCAGUUCUACAGUGGCGGUGUGUUCGAUGGGCAUUGCGGAAGCGAGCUGGAUCAUGGAGUAACGGCGGUUGGAUACGGAACGAGCAGGGGAUUGGACUAUAUAAUUGUAAAGAAUUCAUGGGGACCCAAAUGGGGAGAGAAAGGGUACAUAAGGAUGAAGAGAAGCACGGGCAAGCCUGAAGGUCUCUGUGGCAUCAACAAGAUGGCUUCUUACCCUACCAAAAAGAUGUGAUAUAUAUAUAUAUAUAUAUAAUUCCCUUUUGCUUAUCCGCAUCAUUUGCUUUCUAAUAUGAAGAACACGUUGUUGUCUUCUCAAUAAUUUAACCACGCUUUUUGUUCCCUUCAACUGGCUAUACGCUCCUGUUUGCUAUCAAACAAUGUUGCUGGUUGCUGACCAUAAUAAGAAA